AUGGUUGCCAUUUUGGAUACGUGGCAUCAACCGGCGUAUUUGACGCGCAUCUGGACGGUCUACGAGCAAUUUGUGGCAUCCACGAUUGAGAUCGAGGUGCAAUUCGUCAUGCCAAGUGCCGCUGCGGAUCAUCUGCAGAGGCAGAUUGCGCAGGGUUCUGAAGGUAUUGAUGAGGUAAUCGAAUCCAUCAGUCAAGUGGAUUCUGAAGAAGCGAAAGCGUGGAAGAUGGAGGAUGAGACCAAAGUGAAGUCUUUGAUCGAGGAGACGGUUGGCUUCGAUCACGUCGAUAUGCACGUGACGGAUGUCAUGAUCACAUGGAUAGGAUCAGUCGUGCGACAGACAUGUCGGGAGUUGCUGGACACCGCACUGGCACAGAGCAAGAAGGUAGAGAUUGCCGAGGCUACCAGACAGCGGCAAGCGGAUUUCUCUGCGAUGGUGAGGCCAGCCCUGCCGAACUCAUUUCCUCCCUGUGAAGUUUUGCCAGGCUUUGAAGAAACGGAGACAGAAGCGGUGCUCUUCAGUGCAUGUGCUUUAGCGUGUCCAUUGAAACGCAAAGUCCCCGGGAGACCGGCUGGGUCCUUCGGGUCAGAGAGCGCCCAAAAAAUUGCCGCAGAGCAGUUGCAGGAACUCAGUGAGGGUAUUUUACACGGGAGUAGGAGAUGCGAGUUGAGGUGGGGACGAGUGACGGAAGAGUUAGGAGUGGAGAUCUGCAGUACGGGCAGCGAGAACAAUGAUGAAGAGGCAUGGGCUAAGUGGGCAGCAUUGUCGGGCACCCCGCAUAAGGAAUGGGGAAUGCGACGUGGCCGAGAAAACCUAGGCGGCGAGAGAGGUGGCGUUCCGAUGAGCAUUUUUGGAUAUGCCUGUGUUUUGCUUCCGUGGAGCGGACGCGUCUUGAAGAGUUGCCCUUUGACGCACGGCAGGAUGAGCUUCAUCGAUGGCAAUGAUGAUGUUGGUGGCAAUGAACUCACCCCAGGCGAUCAUGUCGACUCUGGAGAGAUCUGGCUCCAUGAUCUUGAUGUUUGUGGAUUCAUAAUCGGGCUUGUGCUCCUGAAUGAGCCUGGGGAUGUAGAAAGUGAACCAGCUGAUGAUGGGGUAGCGGUCAUGAACUUCUUGGCGGCCAAGGGAGUGGCCUGA